AUGUCUCUCCCUCCCGAACUGCUCGACCUCAUCCGCACCGCAUCAUCCAAUCCCCUCGUCCAGCAGCUCGCGCCCAUCUUCGGCCUCUUCGCUCUUCCACUUGCCGUUCUGGUUGGCCGGAACUAUAUACUCGCCGCGUUCGGUCGUGUAUCUGUCAUGCUCGCUGCUAUAUCCUCUGCUAUGCCGUGGAACUGGGGGACAUCUCCAUAUACGGAGGAAGUGCUGAGGAAACCGCGGACAAGAGCGGAGAUGUUGGCACAGCAGCGCAAGGUGCCGCGGAGUGAAGUGGGAGGAGGGGACGCGGCGGGGGCUGGUCCUGCAGAUGCGGGCGCGCAUUAUACGGGGCUCGUGAACGUGUCGGGGACAUAUUGCUUUAUGAACUCGACGAUGCAGGCGUUGGCGUCGCUGUCUUAUUUGAGGCCGUAUCUCGACGCUGUGCACGCGCGGGCGGAGGAGCUGGAUUACCCUAGCCCUGUCACGGAUGCCCUGAGGGAUUUAUUGCAAACACUCAACGAACCCCAACCCUACCCGCGCGCCAUCCGGCCCAUGGCGAUAAUCGACGCGCUCUCCCACACCUCGCCCGGCAAACGCUCGCCACUCUUCUCCUCGCGCGAGCACCAAGACGCCCAAGAGCUCUUCCAGCUCGUCACCGAGCACCUCAAAAAAGAAGCAUCGGGCAUGGAAGCCGAGCAGAACACCGACCGCGGGUUCGCCGCGCUCGACGCCCUGCCCGGCUCCGCGAAUCUACCGCCGAGGGUGGAGCUAAGCAAGGUCGGCGUGUUCGACGGGUUGACGGCCAAUCGGCGGUGUUGUGUCGAGUGCGGGUAUACGGAGGCUGUGAUGCACUUUUCGUUCGAUAGUUGGCAGCUGCCGCUUCCUCGUACCGCCGCGUGCAGACUCGAAGAAUGCCUUGCGGAAUACACCAAGCUCGAAGUCCUCACAGACUGCAUGUGCCGCCACUGCUCCCUCCUCGCCACGCUCUCCCACCUGCGCGAAGAGGUCCAGCGGCUCUCGGACGACCCCAAGCCCACGAACAGCCGCAAGAAGCGGUUACGCGAGCUGAAGGGGCAGGUUGCGAAGGUCGAGACGCUGUUGAGGGAGAAGAGGGAGGAGGAGGACGUUAAGGAUUUGAAGUUGGUCAGGGUGUUUAGUCGGGCGAGUACGAAGCAGGCCAUGGUCGCAAGACCGCCGCCUGUGCUUGCUCUUCACCUCAACCGUUCAAUGUCCUACGGCGCCUACGCCCAGAAGAACUCCGCGCGCGUCCACUACACCGAGAUCCUCGACCUCACGCCCUUCUCCACGUCCGGCGCCCUAUCAACGCACCCCGUCUCGCCCAUAUCCGGCCAGCCCAUGGCCUCAUCCUCAACAUCAACACCCUCAACAUCAACACAACAAGACAGAAUCCUCUACCGCCUCGCCGCCGUCGUCGUCCACUACGGCACGCACCAAUUCGGACACUACGUCGCAUACCGCCGCCUCCCCUCGCCCUCAUCCUCCCCUCCCCGCCUCGCGCGUCCCUUAUCAGAAACCAACGCCGAGCCGGUCUUCACGGACGAGCUGGAUAAGGACGGGAAGAGGAGGACAGAUGUCGGGCCGGGCACGGGGAGGGGCUGGUUGAGGAUUAGCGACGAUAGUGUGAGUAGGGUGGGGAUUGAGAGCGCGUUGGCGGAGGGGACGGGCGCGUUCAUGCUGUAUUAUGAGCGCGUGCUCCCUCCGUUGCCCGCGACCGCCGCCGCACCUGCACCUGCGGCAGCAGUUGAUGUCAGCGGCCCAUCACGGUUCAUGUCGCGCGCGUCGACGCCGGCAAGGAUUGUGCGGAGCGUCUCCCUAUCCAGCUACACACAUCCUCUUCCUACGACGACGAAGGCGCCCAGUGAGGGCUCAAGCUCGAGUCGAUCUUCGGGCUCGGGCUCCGAUCAGGGCUCCGACAGUCCGGGGUCGAGCAUUACGAGCGUUGAGGAGGCUGACGAAGAGGAGGAUGUGGACGCGGGGAAAUGUGUGGAUGGCCCGGGUGCGGAGAGGGAGGAUACGGGUACGCCGGUGCCGGUUGAGCCGCCAGAAGCUAGGACGGCGUCGUAG